AUUUUACCUGACACAAGAAUGGGCAUUUAUUCAAAGAUUUGAGAAAUACUAAGAUUUCAGAUUUCUAAAAACAAUUUUAGUAUCUGUAGAGAUUGAUAUGAAUAAAGAUUUACAAUAAGCAUUAGAGGGGAUGUGCAGGGAAGAAUACAAAAUUAUUUGAUGCUGAAAGCAUCAUAAGGGACUAUAUACAAGAAGCACCACAAAUCUGUGAAAUAAAGAAAAUAAAUAAUUGGAAAUUCCAAACAGCACCAAAGGACUUGGAUGAGCAAAAAAUUCAAAAGUGAAAUCCACACACUUUGACAACUAAACAGAAUCAAAAUUAACAUUAUGAUGUGUCAGAAACCUGAACCUGCCUAGCCAUGGUUUCUAGGAUAAUUUACUUGUUCAAGACAAUAAUGUAUUUAUUGAUUGUAGUCAUAUAAGUGACUUUAAAGCACAAUGACUAGAAUACAGAUAUAUUUCAGUUGAACACAAGCACAGGGACCAUUGAAUAAGAAAGUGUGGCUAUUAUUCAAAAGCCAAAUGGUACAAAUACUACAGUGCCUUCUCUCUAAUAUCGACUUAUUACGUGCAUUAAAUAUAAACUUAGUGAUAUGAACAUAGUGAUGACUUAAUCAAUACAAAUAACAGUGUGAUCAUAUUUUACACAAAAGCUACAGGAAGUUAAUCUUAAUCAAAAUUGGCCACAUAUUUAAAGAUUUGAGAAAUAUUGAGAUUUCAGAUUUCUAAGAAAAAGAUUUACAAUAAACAUUAGAGGAAAAGCAAAGUGAAGAAUAAAAACCAUCUUAUGAUGAAUCAUAAGUGACUUUGAGAGAAGUGCUACAAGAACAAAAAACAGGGAAUAUAGAAAAUAAAUUAUUUUAUUUCGCAAGAAGGACCAAGAGACUUAGAUGAGGAAAUAUUAAAGGAUAAGUGAAACCCAUAAAGUGGCUUGACAAUGGAAUCACAAGUGAUACUUAUUGAUGACUAAAAUUUACAAGUAUAUGAUUAUCAUGAUCACAAUACUAAGUUGACUUAAAAAAGCACAAUAACUGGAAUAUAGGUACCUUCAAGUUAAAAACAAUUGGAACAAAAAAACAUUAAAAACACUCAAGAGAUGACAGUAAAAAGUUUACUGAGUGACUUUGCAAAAACUACAACUGGCCAUGGCUGGGGAAAUGUUCAUGAAAGAAAAUCUAUGUGUACAAAAGUAGCAUGGUUAAUUUUCUGUAUAGCAAGUACACUUGCCUCUGUGGGCCAUGUCACAUCAAUCAUCUACAGGUACAGUCUCUUUGAGACAAAGGACAGAGUGUUAGUUCAACGCCAAGAUCUUUUAUUUCCCUCAGUGACAAUAUGUCCACUGACCCAGAUGUCUAAGCAAGGUGUCGUGAAAUUUGCUCAAGAUACCACAGAUGAAGAUGAAACAGUUUUAUCUAUAUCUGCUUUACAAUUGUUUCUUAUAGACAUGGUUCAAAUAGACAAGAACUUGUCCUUAUUAAAUGAGGUAUCCUCAGAAAGACAGCAAUUUUACGAAAAGUUCUACAACAGGCUGUAUACCUACGAGGGUUUUUAUGAGAACAUACCAACAAUCACAAAAUAUGGCCAUAAGAAACAUGACUUUAUCUCAUCCUGCAUGUAUCAAGGAAAAUACUGUUCUGAUGGAGAUAUCCAUUCAGUUAUACAUAGUCAUUAUUAUAACUGUUUUACAUUUAACGACAUCAAUACCACACUUUCGAACCCUUACAGCAAUACAACUGGCCCAACAGGUGGCCUUUCCCUGCAAUUAUUUCUAGACAUUGACGAGAAUAUAUAUGCGAUUUACAACCCAGAAUACCCAACUUCUGGGAGUCAAGGGGUUAGAGUUGUUAUACACGAGAAAGGGACACUACCAGAUCCAGAAAACGAAGGAUUUGAAAUUGAACAGGGCCAUUCUGCUAAUGUAGCAUUGUCUGUUACUCGACGUGAAUUGAUGAAACCACCUUGGGGUGAUUGCACUGAGCAUCCUCUAUUAGAUGAAGAUGGGUUCACAUUCAACACACGGGCUUGUCAAAUGAGAUGUCUCCAAAAGAUGGUUUAUAAAUCAUGUGGAUGUAAACGUGGAUCAUUACCCAUGUAUCCAGAUGUUGAAAAUGUACAAUUUUGUGACAAAAUUCAGAUUAACGAAUGGUUAGAUGAAAAUCCUAAUACAACAGCACUACUCAAUGACUUGGAGAAGCUCCAGUGUAGCAUGACAGAAUACGAUUGGGAUGUUGUACUUGGCCAAGAUCACUGUCAAUGUAAGGACAACUGCAGCUACAACACAUAUGACAUGACACUCUCACAAUCCCAAUGGCCAAAACAGGGGGUAGAACUUGACUUUUAUUGCCGCAAGAUUAUACACCUCCCAAAUUAUAACAACUCCAGUGUUUAUAAAGCUUUCCAUGAUCAAAUGGAACCAUUGUGCACAAACAUGUAUUCUAAUUCUACGUAUACAAAGUGGAAUGAAGUGAAACAAGAAGUUGGAGAUCGGCUACGAGAAAAUUUUAUCCGCUUAAAUGUGUACUUCAAAGAUUUAGAGACAAAAAUAAUUAGACAGGAACCUGAUUUUGCACUUGGAUCUAUGAUAUCAGAGAUUGGUGGAAGUCUUGGAAUAUUUAUUGGAGUGUCUAUAAUUACCAUUGCUGAGGUUUUCAUACUUUGCUUAAGUAUUAUAAGGGUAUUAGGAAAAAAGUCAAAAGUCAUGUCAAUACAAGAUCCAAAUGGUGUAAAUCAUGAGAAACAGUGGCCCUAGGUAUCUUCGUGAUUGUGUCU